GAAGCUGUAAUAUUAGAAAUCCAAGACGAUUCUAGACCGUGCAACGAUGCUGGGAUUGAACGGUGUUGGAAGGAAUUUCGCACAUGUUAUUUGUCCGUGGAGGGYGACCAAAACUGUGGGCCAUGCGGAUUSGGAUACGUAAGCGUUGCCCGCAUGGACAAAAACUCAACGCCAACUGUUCCGGUMUGUCUCGAGGCUGCUGAUCUUACUUGGCAUGAUUUCGUGUCUGUCUAYGACCCGUUCUAUGCGGRUGACGACGGCUUGAAUGCUACGCAGCGGCUUGCAAUCGUGAAGAAAUCCUCACUCGCGAUUUCGGAACACAAUUACCAGAACACGUCGUCCUACACGCUUGGACUGACACCUUACUCGGCAGAUUCCCAACUUGAGUAUGAGCAACGAAGUGGAUAUUUUUACGUGAACACGUCGAUGACCRARGACGAGCUGCCAGUGUUUGAUCCGAUGACAUGGGCUGCGGCGGACAUUCCAAAACAGGUGGAUUGGGUUGCGGCCGGUGUGGUUACGCCGGUAGUGGAUCAGGGUCGGUGCGGAGCCUCGUGGGCGAUUGGCGUCUGCGGUGCCAUCGAAGGGUAAGCAUUGCAUAAAYAUGUGUGUUAAUGGCGAUUUCGUAUCUCCUUUUCUGCAGUUUGUUGCAAUUCAAGAUCGCUUCCUUUUUUCAUUUGAUAUUCACCUGUGUUUCACAAUUUCUUCUCCUUCUUUGCUGCCGUGUUUUGGUAGGGCUGCCUUUCUUGGGGAUGGAUUCAACCAGUCGGUGAGUUUCCAGCAAUUUCUUUCRUGCAACAAAAGAAAUCUAGGCUGUGACGGAGGAUCCGCAACCGUCGCUGCAAUGUAUGCGGCGAAUAAUUGGUUUGGGGGCGUUACUACGCUUGGGGAUUAUCCUUACACCGACGCCGAUGGGACGACAACCGAGUUUUGUAACCUGACAAAGGAGUACCCGCCACUGGCUUUGGAAGCGACCGAUGUCAUCACCGUAGUUGGUCUGGAUGCAGAGAUACGCUUUCAGAGAAGAAUGGAGGAUUUCAAACUCGCUCUGGCGGAGAAACCCAUCGCCGUCAUUAUGAAAUCGUCUUGUGUACUAUUUUCAAACUACAUUUCCGGUAUCUUGACUGACGACGGAGAUUGUUCUUGCAGCGAUUCCACRUGCUUUGACCACACYGUCCUGAUGGUUGGGUUCGACGAUAMAGUAGAUACGCCGUACUUCAAACUGAAAAACUCGUGGGGCACGAGGUGGGGAGAGGAGGGGUAUUUUCGUGUGGCACAGACUAAGAAGGGAAAAUUUGGUUUGUUCGGAAUACUCGGGGAGGGCCUCAUGAUUGAUGCACAGCAAUCCCAAGGAAAUGCAGAUAUGAUUGAAGUAGUAGAAUACAAGCGGUUUCCAACGUGGGGUAUAGUCGUCAUUGCCGUGUCGAUCCAACUUAUUUGCUGUUGCUGCGCRCUGAUUUCUUGCGGUUGUAAGAGAACGCAGCCCGAGGAUGAAUAGCAGCUUCGUCGUGCUUUUAGUACCUUGAAGUGGAUUGGAAUGUUACCCAUUCAAAAGUUAUYAGAGGUUCUUUCCAAUGGGGAGAGGGGACAAUAUGAUCCCAAUACUUUAAUCUAGUAUAUUUAUCAUGGAAGUCAAAAAAAGAAAGAUGGACAAAUCUUUUCUUCUAUUGACAGCCAGGAAUGUAUUACUACUAGCCCAUCUGGAGCUAGGGAGCCCUCUGAGUUGAAGACUUCGAACAAAGGUCRAAUUACUGGCUAAAGUUCAGUUCUCCUAGUAGUAGGACUAGUGAAGCGUAAUUUGUAAUUUAGUAGUACAGUAUCUAUUUCUCCCUUAGCACACCUAAAGGUUACGGGACUGAGAACAACACGAAUAGCAAAAAAUAGUACUGUAGCACCUUCGCAUCUCCACGUUUCAGCUUGGGCUACCACGCCUAGCCACCACUUCGUGACUGAAUGAAUAMCGAACCAUCUUCACCGCGAUCUUCUCAUCUUGAUGAUCGAUCGAUGGAAUGAUGAGAAAAUCAGAAAUCUAUCGUAUCUCGAUUUCUCUCUGGGAUUCUCUGAUUGAUGUUGUACGGUCAGUAUUUUUAUUCAAAAAAUAAUACUGUAACCAACGAAGCGAAAGGCGUUUCUAAUACAAAGCUCGUCAGUGCCGGACAUAGAACAACGAAACAACAACAAAAAAGUCAAUAAAAAUGGAAGYAGAAGAACUCAAGAAACUCGACCAGGAGCACGUGUGGCAUCCUUAUGCGCCCAUGCCCAAUUCGGUUCCCUGUUUUCCCGUCAAAAGCGCUUCGGGGUGCGACAUCCAUCUUAUGGAUGGCAGGACUUUGACGGAUGGGAUGUCUUCUUGGUGGGCUUGCAUCCACGGCUAUAACCAUCCAGUGUUGAACAAGGCUGCGGAAGAUCAGAUCAAAAACAUGUCGCACAUGAUGUUCGGUGGACUAACCCACGAACCAGCUGUAAAUCUGGCCAAAACUCUGACCCAGGCGAUAUCRCCGAAUCAAUCAUGCAGCAACCAGGAGGAACGCCUCGAUAAGGUAUUUUAUUGUGAUUCUGGGAGUGUAUCUAUYGAGGUUGCCAUGAAAAUGGCUCUGCAAUACCACUACAAUCUCCUGCACACCGAUAGCGACAACAACAUUGAUAUUAGYAGCACCAGCACYGGGUCAACACGAGCGCCRAAGUCCAAAUUCUUGACAAUUCGCGGAGGCUACCACGGUGAUACUUUUGAGGCCAUGAGUGUUUGUGAUCCCGUCAAUGGGAUGCACCACAUGUUCCAAUCCGUCCUGCCAAAGCAAAUAUUUUGCGACAGACCCAAAACUAUGUUUGGACAACCAUGGGAUGAAUCAGAUAUCGAGGAGGUUUCUCGGGUGAUGGAGGAACGUCACGAUGAGAUCGCUGCUGUUAUUUUGGAACCUAUUGUGCAGGGAGCAGGUGGUAUGMGAUUUUACUCCCCCAAAUACCUACAGCRGCUGCGGGGUUUGUGCAACAAAUACAACAUACUCCUGAUAUUCGACGAAAUAGCAACGGGUUUUGGGCGAACCGGAAAAAUGUUUGCCAUGGAACACGCACCUGGUGUCAUGCCAGAUAUUCUCUGCGUCGGAAAAGCGCUCUCGGGUGGGUUUCUUAGCUUUGCGGCGACGAUAACAUCGAACAAAAUUGCCACCGCCUUUUCGCAAGGACCCGCUGGUGUCCUAAUGCACGGUCCUACCUUUAUGGGGAAUCCCCUGGCGUGUGCCGUAAGUCUUGCAUCGCUUCAUAUUUUGAAAUCCUAUGACUUGCCAAGCAUGAUUGGCUCCAUCGAGCGCCAACUUAUCAGGGAACUGGAGCCAUGUAAAGAAUCUCCCUUAGUGAAGGAUGUUCGCGUCAUGGGGGCAAUAGGAGUAGUAGAAAUGAAGGAACCCAUGGAUAUGAAAGUUGUGCAACAAGAAAUUGUACGAGAAGGUGUCUGGUUGCGACCUUUUGGCAAGUUAUUAUAUACAAUGCCGCCAUUCAUAAUCCGUAAAAACGAACUGCAAAAAAUCACCAAGGCAAUGAUCUCCAUAGCUACAAGAAGGCGAUGAAGUAAUCACUGAAGAUAAAUGAAAAGCACAGAU